UCCCUUUUCUGGUAUAUAGAUAGUGAUCGCAUAAAAGAGCAAUAGAUCCUCUAAAGCGGUAUGAAUUAACAUCCGAGACCAAUUCCAACUCACCCACUCCCUCAAUCCAGCAAAUCUCCACAAACAACCAAACUUACUUUCAAAUCAAACCCCGCAUUCCCAUCCCUCAAACCAAAGACCCACCAUGAACAUGAGAUUCCAACUCCGUCCCGCAGUCCCCUCCGACGCAAACAACCUAACAGAUAUCUACCUCUCCGCCUUCAGCAACGACGAGAUCUCGCUAACGUGUUUCCCGCGCUCCCUACCCACCACCCGAACAUGGUGGUACAACUCCAUCCUCGCCGAAAUCCAAGACCCCUCAUCCCAUUUCAUAUGCAUAUGCAACACAUCCUCCCCCACGCAAGAAAUAAUCUCCUUCGCAAAAUGGAACGACAGUUCGGCCCCAGUAGUCACAAAAAAUGACAUACCCCAAUGGCCCCCAGGCUGUAACGCGGAACUCGCAAACCAUUUUUUCGGAACACUGAUUGAGAGACGUAGGGAAAUUAUGAGAGAGAGGAAACAUUGGUAUUUAGAACUUAUAGCUACGAAGCCGGGAUGGCAGCGGCAAGGGGCGGCGGGAAAUUUGAUUAGGUGGGGAUUGGUGAGGGCGGAUGAGGAGGGCCUGGAGACGUAUUUGGAGGCUAGUCCGGUGGGGAAGGAAAUUUAUGAGUAUUUUGGUUUUGAGGAGAGGGGGAGAUUGGUGAUUCCUCUGGUGGAUGGGGAAGAUUUUGUGGAGUGUAUGAUGGUUAGGACCGGGAUGGGGGAGAUGGCGUGAAAAUAUACCGUGUUGUAUUGCUAAGGGGACUUAAUUAUAUGAUGCCCUAUAUCACA